UUCGCAAGCCUUUAACCAUCUUAACAAUGGCGACUUACUUCCAUUCAAUAUUACAGCAAAUCAUUGAUAGAUAGCACCACCCUACCGACACUAUCGUCCAUUUAAAGUUUUUGCACAGAGAGAGAGCUAUUUCCCCUCUUCCAUGUGACGAGAGAGAAAAGAGGGACCUUACUUGUAAAGAACACUUAAUAUAUCAAACAAAAACAAUAAAAAACCAAUCUCUCUCUCUCUCUCUUUGCUUUUCUUUGUUAGAGGGAGAGAGAUAUGGCAGAGAGAAAGAGAGUGAAUGGUCAAAUUUGAUGAAUCAAGAUUCACAGUACUCUCUCUCUUUCUCUCUUCUGUGUUCAGUGUAUCUACGUCGUCAAAGAGAAACAUCUCAAGAAUUCUCUCAUUUCAGAUAUGGAAGCUCUUUCACCUGAUACUGGAAGUGCAGACUCGGAAAUAUACCAAACUUUGGGGCUUAAGGAAUUAAGAAAAGGAGUUUUCAAAGUUCCUAGGGUUUUAAUGCUUCUUUCUUCACUUCUUGAGAGGUCUGUUCAGAAAAACGAAAUUCUAAAGGAGAAAGCUCAGAUCAAAGAUGUUGUUACAAUAUUUCAUGGUUUAAGACCACCUCCUGUAAGCAUUAAGCAAUAUGUUGAUCGCAUCUUCAAGUACUCUGCCUGCAGCCCUUCCUGCUUUGUUGUUGCACACGUGUACGUGGAUAGAUUUCUCCAGCAAACAGAUAUUCAUUUAACCUCCCUUAAUGUUCACCGGCUCCUGAUUACAAGUGUAAUGAUAGCAGCAAAGUUUGUAGAUGAUGCAUUCUUUAACAAUGCGUACUAUGCCAGAGUUGGAGGAGUAAGCAAAGAAGAAUUGAACAGGUUGGAAAUGAAGUUUUUGUUUAGUAUAGAUUUCAGACUUCAAGUAAAUGUCAAUACAUUUGGAAAAUAUUGUUAUCGGUUGGAAAAGGAGUCUUCUGAUGGGCUUCAGAUUGAACGGCCAAUCCAAGCAUGUAGAAUCAAAGAAAGUUGGUCAAGCAAAGAUGAUUCAACCACUUGUGCUUCCACGAUUGCAAGAUGAAGUAACCAAACCAUGUCAAUGUAUCAUUUGUAAUCCCACGUUUGUUUGAACACGGUCAAGUCAGAAAUUCUGGAAAUUGAAUUUAGAUGUAGGUGCUUUGAUUGAUUAUUGGAGAGACAGCAUUCUUGCUUGCUCAUCUUCGUAUCGUCAUUACCUCGUGAAAGUUGUCCCAUGUUUUCUACGUUGGGCUUUAUGAUAUCUUUUUGAGGCCCUUUGGUUCCCGUUGUUAUUGUUCCUCGAGAGUUAGCAGGCAUCUUGCCUGCAGAAUUUUUCAUGUACAGGUUAAGCGAUUUAAAGAUUGAUUGUAUGAGUUGCUGUGUUUCAAUUAAUUACUGCCAGACUUGACGAAAA